AAUCCUGGUUUAAAGUGAUGGUUAGAGUUUGCAUCAUCUUCAUGUCACUGUUCUCCUCAUUCAUUAUGCUAACGCAGACUUGCCCUUUAACGCCUAAGCUUCACUCCCACCUUUGCAAUUAAGAUCUACAGUGUCUGUGUACAUACUGUACUUUCCAUUACUUUGCUGACGUGAUGGGUUAUUACCCAAUGGCCUGAGAACAAAAUGUGAAGAAUUGGCUCACCUGGCUACCCGUCCUGCUACCCAUCCUGCUACCCAUCCUUCCCGUAUAAAAACUCUGAUGUGUUGUCUGUCAGACACAGAGGAGUAGGUACAGCUUGAUCAGCUGUGUUAUUUUCCACUGAACACUGUUCAUCGCUUACCUGAACGACUGAUCACCCAAAGACAACAUGAAGCUGGAGCUGCUGGCGGUGUUGGCUGUAGCAGCCCUGGUUCCCAGCCUGUCUGAGGGGCUGCUUCUCUCCAAAUGUGAGCUGAAGCCCAAACUGACAGAGGCUGCUGACCAAUUCAAUCUGACUGAGAAAAUUGCAGCAAAGGGAGUCGAACUGGACGACGCCUUGGCCAAAAUUAUCUGCAGUUUGGACCUAAAGUCUGGUUUAAACACCAGCCUUAUGACCAACCUUGUCCUGCGCAAACCUUUCCUGCAUAAAUCCAAAAGGCGCCCCAUCAGCAGGAGACCUGUGAGACUGUUUGGGCACAAACGUCCAGGUAGAGAUGUUGAGUCAAAGGAAGAUCGAGUCAGUUCUGAGGGAGAAGAGGACAAGCCUAGACCUACAGGAAAGCCUGGGGGAAUGAAACCCAAACCUACCGGGAAAACAGAGGGAGUGAGCCCAAGAUCAGAGAGGCCCGAAGGGAAGAGGACGAGACCAGGGAGUCCCGCGAUAGGAAGGAACAAGCGUGAGGCUGAGGAGUCCGCUGGUGAUAAGGAAGAACAUGACAAAGUUGAGGCGCAAGAAAGCAAAGGGGCUGAGGUGGAAGAUUUUCGCGGCUAUGAGGAUGAGGGUGAUGAAGACGAGGUUGACGAGGAUGAGCUAGACGAGGAGAACCUGGAAGAGUUAGAGGCGGAGCUGAACGAGCAAGUAGGAGAGGAACCGAAAGAGAGAGAGGGGAACAGGAAGAAGAGAUGCAUCCCAAAGCAGUUCAGAGGUCCCGGACAGAGCCGCAAGCCGAAGCGCAAGCCAUUCAAGCCGAUCAAGACCCUGUCCUUCAGCUUUUUCGGUCUCUUCCAGCUGAGCAAUCGCCUCGCCUGCGUCUCCUCCAACACCACUCGCUCUCUCAAUCUCUGUAAGACAGAGUGCAGCUCCUUCGUUGAUGAUGACAUCCGUGAUGACAUUGCCUGCUUUGUGAAGUCUCGUGCCUGGAUGAAGGCUCUGAAGUUCCCAUGGAAAUGUGCCAAGCUGCAAGCCUCUGAGUACUUUGAGUGUGACCAACCACUUAACAGUACUAUGAGUACUUUGAGUGUGACCAACCACUUAACAGUACUAUGAGUACUUUGAGUGUGACCAACCACUUAACAGUACUAUGAGUACUUUGAGUGUGACCAACCACUUAACAGUACUAUGAGUACUUUGAGUGUGACCAACCACUUAACAGUACUAUGAGUACUUUGCAAACAACUGUUUAACAGAGCAUUUUCCUUCUUUCUCUCAACUCUUAUCUUCUGCUAUAAGCUUCACAAAUAUGCUACUUUCUAUUACCACUAGAUGGCGUGCUAGGAAUUAUUUGAGCCGUUAUCCCUUAUAUUGGGACAACAAGUGCCUCCUACAGACAUUAGGCAACAGCAUCAUAUUCUCCUUCAACUGUCCAACUACCACGAGUAAAUACAUAAAAUGAUCAUAAAGAC